AUGACGGGUCGCUUGACCGGUCUCACAAGAGCACAAGAAGUUACUGAAAAUAUGAACAAAAAUAGGCAAAUACCCAUGUAUGCUGCACCAGAAUCCAUUCACCUUGAGGCCGAACCAUUGCCGCAAGAUAUGUUUGCGAUGGGUGUUGUAUUAUAUCGAUGCCUUAUUGGUCGCAUGCCGAAAAGAAAACCGAAUGGAACGAUCGAUUAUCACGGAAUAAAAUCAUCAAUCAUAAUACCAAUAGAUCCAAAAAUGUGGCAUACCACGCAACUCCUGAUGUCCGAACGUUUAGAUAUGCGACUGACCGCUGGACAGUUACUCCAUACUGACUGGAUUGAGACUGCUGCCACUACUGCGAUCACUCAAAUUCUCAGCUGGAAUAAUUGA